UCAUAAAUGUAUCAACCCCAUGUCGCCAUGGCCAUCCUCACCAACCUCAAGCUUGCCAGUCAAACUGCUGAUGCCUCGUCGGAAAAAAAAAAAAAAGAAACUCUCAUUGCGAAUACCUAAAAUUGAAAAAGGAAAAAAAAAACUUGAGAGAAAAAACAGCUGAUUCAUGGGUCGCCUCCACCUCCUAAAGCCCUCGAUUUUCCCGCACCUCCGGAACACUUUUCCCGCCUACCAAACACCGAUGUUUUUCCCGGGAAAUCCAGCGCAAUGCCGGGGAUCCAAGGUUCUGGCGACGGCGAGAGUCGCCGUCGACUUUCCGAGCAACAACCAGUGGAAGAAGAGAUUCCCAUUCCCAAAACCCAUUCCUUUACUCCAAAAACUCUCCCAAAAACCUCCACCGCCAUCUCCAUUCCCAAACCCACCUCUCCCAACCCCACCAAACGACACCCCCACCCACAGUCUCUCCCUCUCUCUAACCCCAAACGACAACAAAACCCGAAACGAUACCCAUCUCCGUCUCCUCGCCUUCCUCAAGGCCCACCUCAAGCCACCCUUCACUCCCGAAACUCUCCUCCACUUCCUGAAAUCCAAGCUCCACCACCACCCAAACCUCUCCCACUACGACUUCCACGUCUUCUCCUGGGCCGCCACCGUCGACUCCUUCCGCCACAACCACGCCACCUUCGAGUGGAUGGCCCGCACUCUCGCCGUCUCCGACCGCUUCUCCGAGCUCGCCGCGCUCCUCGACUUCCUUGCUGCCAACCCCUGCCCUUGCUCCGACGGUAUCUUCUCUUGCUCUAGAACGGAACCCAUUUUUCGUUUUGCUAUUAAUGCUUAUUGUAGAGUUGGGAAAUUGGAAUGUGCCGUUUCUGCCUUUGAUUCCAUGAGAAAGUUGAUUGAUGGGAAGCCUAGUGUUGUGGUUUGUAAUACUUUGAUUAAUGGGUUUGUCAAAUGGGGUGAGCAUGACAAGGCUUUGGAGUUUUAUAAUAGGAUGAGUGGUUAUAGAGUCAAGCCUGAUGUUUUUACUUUCAAUAUUUUGCUGAGCAGUUAUUGUCGGAAUUCGAAGUUUGGGUCGGCUUUGGAGUUGUUUAGGGAGAUGAGGGAGAUGGGUUGUAGUCCCAAUGUGGUUAGUUUCAAUAGUUUGAUAAAGGGGUUCUUUAGGGAAAGGAAGUUUGAGGAAGGGAUUGGUAUGGCUUAUGAGAUGAUUGAUCUUGGGUGUGGGUUUUCCCCUGUGACUUGUGAGAUCUUGGUUGAUGGGCUCUGCAGGGAAGGUCGGGUUUUGGAAGCUUGCGAGAUUUUAAUUGAUUUUUCACGAAAAAGGGUGUUGCCUGAUGGAUAUGAUUACUUUGGACUUGUGGAAAUUCUGUGUAGAAAAGGGAAUUCAGAGAGGGCUUUAGAGGUAGUGAAUGAGCUAUGGAGGAGAGGCAAUAGUCCAAGUCUGAUUGCUUGUACGACUUUGAUAGAAGGUUUGAGGAAGCCAGGAAGAAGUGAUGAAGCGUUCGGGUUAACGGAGAGGAUGAUAAAAGAGGGAUUGGUUCCGGAUAAUUUGACUUUUAAUUGUCUACUUCAAGAUCUUUGCAAUGUGGGAAGAACUGUUGAAGCCGACAAGCUGAGGUUGUUAGCUUCUAGCAAGGGCUUUGUCCCGGAUUCUAUGGCCUAUAAUAUUUUGGUAUCUGGGUAUACAAAAGAAGGAGAAAGGAAAGAAGGGGAAAAGCUUGUGGAUGAGAUGUUAGACAAGGGGUUUAUUCCUGACAUUGCUUCUUAUAAUAGAUUGAUGGAUAGGCUUGCUAACACAAGAACUCCUUUAUGACGCCGAGUUCAUGUCAAUGGUGGGUGAAAAUAUGAAAUUCUCAGGUUUUCUUGUAUGGAGCUUUCUAUAGUAAAUUAUAUCUCUACUAGUAGUGGAUGUUUUGCACAACAUUAAAAUCACAUCAAAAUGAAAAAGUAUACAAAAUUGAUGGAACUUGAUAAAGAUCUAAUGAUUUGAAACGGUACCCUACCGUUAUGGUUUUUUUGUACCCCAUCAAAGAAUUCUCAUACAUUAGUUCAAAUAUUUGGUUGGCGCAACUUUGUGUUUGUUGCUCAAUGACGAUUCAGCUGUGACUGAUUCAGCACUUCUGUUUGGUCGAAGCAUAAUUAAAGGGGAUUGUGUGAGUAUUGUGUUCUAUUAGUUCAGUACAAGUUUUGAUUUAUUGUUUUCUGGAAUUUGGAAAUGAAGUUUUGUGAUGGCGUUCUUGUGAUCAAUGACUAUAUAGAGGUCUUUUUUCAUCGUCAGGCAGGAUGGACACCUGAAAUUGUUUGGACUUUGGAGGAUAUUUGGAUUUCUUCAUGAAACCUGCUGUAGCAGAUGUGUACCUAUGCUUAAGGAGGGAACUUGACGAUCUAAUUCAGGACAAAGUGAAAAUUUGAAUAAGUACCUGCUUUUGAAAUGGAAUCCGUCUAUAUUUGUCUUCUGAAUCCCAGGUUGGACAUAAAUACUUCUCAUUAGCUCCUAUCUGCAGUACAGUUUUUGAUCUGUGUGGAUCACUGUGACGGAAGAUUUGUAGGCCGCCGGGUCCAACCUUAAGUGAACUAUUGAAGUGAAGCUGGUGGUAAUAAGUCUAAAGUUAGCUCCAAACACUGCUCACGCGACCACGAUAUGCUGCACCCACCUACAAAACUAAGCAACUCAAAAACAACCAGUCCAGUCUUUUUCACAGUGGAGUUCAACGGAAUGCAAAUCAUUGGGCAACCAUGUUACAUUAAAAAGAGCGCCUAAAAGGAUGCGGCAGCUGAGGCUCUUCUGUGGCUGAUGGGUGAAAGCCAUGCAGGCCUUGGGUACAUAAAUCAUGUCUACGAUGCUGAAGAUAAGCAGGAAGGAUCAUGACUAAUAGGGACAUAAGCCCAUUCUUCUGUAAAGGGUCUUCUCUCCAAGGUUGCCGCUGAGAAUGCCGCUGAGAAUGCCUAGACACAUUGAGCUUAUACCAGACAGUCUAACCCUCUAAAUGGAAAAACCGUAAAAAAAGUUCGGGUUCAAGUGGAAUUGUCGCUCGGCAGCACCAAAUCUGACCUAAAUUUUGUAUUCUUUGAGACUCAUGCAGACGUCACCAGCUAGAGAAGACAGCCAAGGGACAACUUCUCAAUCGACCUUGCAUCGUUGGAUGACCGGGAAGAAUAAUUGAAAUCACGAUGAUAUUGGCUGUUAAUGGAGAGUGCCUUGUCUGUAGGAAAAAUGUAUGCCCAUAUUAAGUGAAUACAAUUGAGCUCAUUUCAUAUCACUUGUUCUUAUUGUAUCUUUACCAUUUGAAAACAAUUAUUGGGUCUGUAAAUUGAGUGAUAUGAUAUUUGGUUUUGCCAUGGCUUUGUUAAACUUUCAGAACCACUUUGAU